AUGGAAUAGAAAGAUGAUCUUUAUGAUAUUUUAGCUUCAUCAAAAGAUUUAGACUAAAAAAUAUAUAAGGUAAUAAUUGAGUAGAUGAGAAAAGAAAACAUUUCAGACUGUUUAAAUUAUCUUUCAAUUGAUGAAAAUCUUAAAAAUUGUGAAUAGUCUAUUUUAAAAGCAACCAAUUUAACAAAUAACGAAUAAAAAGAUGGGGUAAAUAAUAAAAUCCAGAUAAUGAUGAAUAUUUUGAAAUAAGUUAAACAUCAUGACUUUAAUAAAAAAAAUUAUUAUGAUAAUGAUGUCUGCGAAGAAUCUAGAAAAAUUCUCAUUUAAAAAAUAUCAAAAGAUGAGUAAAUUAUCUAAUUGCUAAAAUUCUUCGUUCAACUAACAACUAUAGAUGAAAAAUUUAUUCAAUGUGGGUCCAAUGGACUAUAUUUAUUAGUAGUUAUGAAAGUCGACCUGAAGAAUUCGUGCUUCGAGAACAUUAGGAUCAAGAAUACUACUUUGAUUGGUGGAAAUUUUGCCAGAUGCAAUUUUAGUGGGUCAGAAUUUGAUGAUGUAGACAUUAGUGGAGUGAAUUUAAAUGGGACUCUAUUAUUAAAUUGUAAGUGGAUAAAAAUGAAAAUCCAUGAAUUGAAUCAAUUGCAAGGUCAUACUAGUUUUGUUUCCUCUGUAUGUUUCUCACCAGAUGGAUUCACUUUAGCUUCUGGUAGUGUAGAUAACUCAAUCCGUUUAUGGGAUGUUAAGAAAGGAUAAUAAAAAGCUAAAUUGGAUGGUCAUUCUGGUGCUGUCUGGCCAAUAUGCUUCUCACCAGAUGGAACUACAUUAAUUUCUAGUGGUGAUGAUUAUUCUAUCCGUUUCUGGGAUGUUAAGACCAGGAAAAAAAAAGCCUAAUUAGAUCAAACACAAACUGUCUCUUCAAUAUGCUUCUCGCCAGAUGGAACUAAUUUAGCUUCUGGUAGUGUAGAUAACUCAAUCCGUUUAUGGGAUGUUAAGACAAGAUAAUAAAAAGCCAAAUUGGAUGGCCAUAGUAAUAGUGUUAACUCAGUAUGUUUCUCACUAGAUGGAACUACUUUAGCUUCUGGUAGUAGUGAUAAAUCGAUCCGUUUAUGGGAUGUUAAGACUGGGUAAUAAAAAGCUUAAUUAGAUGGUCAUAAUAAUUCAGUCUGGUCAGUAUGCUUUUCACCAGAUGGAACCACAUUAGCUUCUGGUAGUGGAGAUAAGUCUAUCCGUUUAUGGGAUGUUAAAAUAGGAAAUUAAAAAGCCUAAUUAGAUGGUCAUAGUGAUUAUGUCCUAUCAGUAUGCUUCUCACCAGAUGGAACUACUAUAGCUUCUGGAAGUAGAGAUUAAUAUAUUCAUUUAUGGGAUGUUAAGACUGGAUCAGUCAAAGUCAAAAUGGAUGGUUAUAGCGGAACUAUUCGAUCAGUAAGCUUUUCACCAGAUGGAGCUAUUUUAGCUGGUAGUGGAUAUAACUCUAUUCGUUUAUGGGAUGCUAAAACAGGACAUAAAAAUGUGUAAAAAGUUGAGCAUACUGGUGCUGUCUUAUCAGUAUGCUUAUCAUCAGAUUUAACAACCUUAGCAUCUAGUAGUGGAGAUAACUCAAUUCGUUUAUGGGAUUUUAAGACAGGAUAAAAAAUAGCUUAAUUAGAUGGUCAUAGUAAUGGUGUUAACUCAGUAUGCUUCUCACCAAAUGAAACUACUUUAGCUUCUGGUAGUGAUGAUAACUCUAUCCGGUUAUGGAAUGUUAAAACAGGAUAAUAAAAAUCUUAAUUAGAUGGUCAUAAUGAUUCAGUCCAGUCAGUAAGCUACUCACCAGAUGGAAUGACUUUAGCUUCUGGUAGCGGAGAUAAUUCUAUCCGUUUAUGGGAUGUUAACACGGGAUAAUAAAAAGUCUAAUUAGAUGGUCAUAGCAAUAGUGUUAACUCGGUAUGCUUCUCGCCAGAUGGAACUACUUUAGCUUCUGGUAGCGGAGAUAAUUCAAUCCGUUUAUGGGAUAUUAACUCAAGACAAUAGAAAGCUUAAUUAGAUGGUCAUAAUGAUUCAGUCUGGUCAGUAUGUUUCUCUCUAGACGGAACUACUUUAGCCUCUGGUAGCGGAGAUAAUUCUAUCCGUUUAUGGGAUGUUAACUCAAGACAAUAAAAAGCUUAAUUAGAUGGUCAUAAUGAUUCAGUUUGGUCAGUAUGCUUUUCACCAGAUGGAACUACUGUAGCUUCUGGAAGUAGAGAUUAUUCUAUUCGUUUAUGGGAUGUUUAAACAGGAUAAUAAAAAGCUUAAUUAAAUGGCCAUAAUGAUUUAGUCCGAUCAGUAUGCUUCUCAUCAGAUGGAACUACUUUGGCGUCUGGUAGUUAUGAUAACUCAAUUUGUUUAUGGGAAAUUAACAAAGGAAAAGAAAUUUCUUUUUCGGAUAAAUAUUAAUAAUAUGCAUUGGAGUUAUUGAAAACUCCUCUUGUAGAAAUUGGUAUAUAUUUAAAUGUUAUCUAGUCACACAUUAUCCUUAUCUAAAUAUCUCCUAAUAUUUAAUCCUAGAAGCAUAAGGUGCUUUAAUUUUGAAAGGAGAAUUUGUGAAUUAUUAAGGUUUUGAUUUGCGACCAUUAUUAAAAUCUAAAGGAACCUAUUUUUUGGAAAAAUGA